GAGGAAGCAACGCGCGCACAGAACAGAGAGGAGCCUGCGCAGAAGCAACGUUUGUACAGCGCCUGCGCAGCAGUAACAUUUGUCGUUCCACGUUUUGUUUACAGCUCUCGACGGGGGCGUUUCUUGAAUAAUUGCGCAUGCGUGCCGUGUGAGAAUGCCCGGCGUGCGUCUGACGCCUGCGCACUGAGGUUCCUGCUUUCCUGCGUGGUUGGCGUGAGGAGCGGCGAUGGACGACGAAGAGGAGACCUACCGGCUGUGGAAGAUCCGGAAAACCAUCAUGCAGCUUUGUCACGAUAGAGGGUACCUGGUGACACAGGAUGAGUUGGACCAGACUCUGGACGAGUUCAAAGCUCAGUUUGGGGAUAAGCCCAGUGAGGGGAGGCCACGGCGGACGGACCUCACUGUGCUGGUGGCCCACAACGAUGACCCCACGGAUCAGAUGUUUGUCUUUUUCCCAGAGGAACCCAAAGUUGGGAUUAAGACCAUCAAGAUGUACUGCCAGCGAAUGCAAGAAGAAAACAUCACCCGGGCUCUCAUUGUCGUGCAGCAGGGCAUGACUCCCUCAGCCAAGCAGUCUCUGGUGGACAUGGCUCCCAAGUACAUCCUGGAGCAGUUCCUUCAGCAGGAGCUUCUUAUCAACAUCACAGAACACGAGCUGGUUCCUGAGCACGUGGUCAUGACCAAGGAAGAGGUGACAGAAUUACUCGCCAGAUAUAAGCUGAGGGAGAACCAGCUUCCUCGGAUCCAGGCUGGGGACCCGGUGGCCAGGUACUUCGGAAUCAAGCGAGGCCAGGUGGUCAAGAUCAUUCGGCCCAGUGAAACCGCUGGCCGAUACAUCACCUACCGGCUGGUGCAGUAACAGCCAGACCUUCUUUCAUCAGGCAAUCUGAAAUUCCUUGCGCUCUGCAGUAAGAAACUGCUUACUUGCCUAGAAACACGUGUUUGGGGUAUAUCUUCUGAAGAAAGCCAAGAUGGGCUCAGCCAGCAUUGUGAAGCAAGCAGGCUUCUAGAUCUCUUGAGGAACAGAGUGUCUGGCACUCAGAUUAAUGCUCCACUCAGCUGAGAAAGACUGAUGGCUCAAAAGUAUCUCCACAGAUGUGAAGAACUUGGCAUCAGGAUGGUGAGGGAUUUGUUUUGCUCAAAAACCGGGAUUCCUUUUCCAGAUGUGCCUGGGCUGUGCCAUGUGAGGGUUCUAUCUGGCUCUGCGUAUUCGCUUUGGAGUGCAUCCUUCCAGUCAACCUCAGGCAGUCCGGACUCCCCGUUGCCUGCUCCAUCUCUCUGGAAAACCUGCUCGGCAUGAGGCAGCCUCGUGGUUGUCUUGAGAUUUACUUUAAUAAAAACCACAGAAUGAA